AUGCAAAAAGUGUUGCAACGAAGUGGCUCCAUGGUGGCAUCCCGACCUAAGAUCGAUUGGCCGAGACCGGAACAAAAACACGAGGUAGAUGCGAAGGCGGAUCUUCGCGGAGUGCAUUGGCAGUUGAGUUACAUGGCCACUGCCCCGGGGCAGUCUCAGACCAAGCAGGCAUACAUCAAACAUCCAUCGUAUGAGCGCCGCGCUGCGGUUGAGAACGGUGCUGAUUUGAAGUCGUCGCACAUCGACCUCGCGUUUGGCGCCUCCAAGUCGUGUAAACAUUGGGUGGCGGCAUUAACAGACGAGAUGUCCAGGAACCAGCACGAGAAGUUCAACUGCAAGAAACCGGAAGGUUUCGAAUUCUUAGGGGCCGAGCUCCGGAAGUCGAGCAUCUCAUUCGGCGAGCGUGUGGGUCCCAGCGGUCCCGGCACAAUGUGGUGUUGA